GGAAGAAGACGCAAGGGGCGUUCCGCAAGGAGGAACCACCGGAAGCGGAAGCAGGGUACCGGGUUCUGGGUAGGGGAGCCUGGGAAGCAGUUGCGAGAUCUCGGGACUGGGGGCUUCGAGAGGAGUUAGGGUAAGGGGCGAAGCUGGCUGCCCCUCCCUUCACACAGCGAGGCUGCGGCCCCGGCGCGCCCUUGCCUAGGGGAUUGACCUCAUCCCCAACCAACGCACCGGGUCCUAUCGUCUCUCCAACCCCUUGCCCUAGCAAGGCCCGCAACUGAAGACUCCCGACGGGGCCCAUGUUUCACCAAGGGGCCCGGACUCCUGAGUCGGGAGGGCUUAAAUGGGGCCUUCUGCUGCGGGCGCCAAGUGUGACCUUCGAACCGUGGUUGGAGUAAUGCAGGUCUGUGGAGGUGGCUUUGGUCACUGCAGGGCCACCAGGGUUUUGGCUCACUGGCUUCAUCUUCCCCUUGCCUAGUUUCAUUUUCUCAGCUCUACCAAAGCCAUGUCCAGGCCCUCUGUCAUCACCUUCACCCCAGCCACUGACCCCAGCGACUUCUGGAAAGAUGGGCAGCAGCAGUCACAGCCUGAAGAGUUGGAGCCUACCCUGGAUGGGGCAGCAGCCCGGGCUUUCUAUGAGGCCUUGAUUGGAGAUGAGAGCAGUGCCCCUGAACCUCAGAGAUUGAAGCCCGAGCCUAACAAGGAGAGAAAGAGGAAGAAGAGAAGAAUGAUGAGAGAGGCUGCAACAGGAUUAUCAGGAGGACAUGGACAAAGGAGAUCCCUUGAGGCUGAGGACAAGAUGACUCAUUGGAUACUGAGGGCAGCCCAGGAGGGGGACUUGGCAGAACUAAAAAGGCUAUUGGAUCCCCCUGAGGCAGGGGGAGCUGGGGGAAAUAUCAAUGUUCGGGAUGCCUUCUGGUGGACCCCCCUAAUGUGUGCUGCCCGAGCAGGCCAGGGGGCAGCUGUGCAGUAUCUCCUAGGCCAGGGUGCUGCCUGGGUCGGGGUCUGUGAGCUGGGUGGCAGGGAUGCUGCUCAGCUGGCUGAAGAAGCAGGCUUCCCAGAGGUGGCCCGCAUGGUCAGAGAGAGCCGCGGAGAGAAGAGGAGUUCAGAGAACUGGUCCCAAGCCCCCUCCCCCCAAUACUGUGAGACCUGUGGUGGCCACUUCCAGGACUCUAACCACUGCACAUCUACUGCUCACCUGCUGUCACUGUCCCGGGACCUCCGGCCUCCCAGUCUGCACCUUGGGGUGCCCAUCUCCAGCCCAGGCUUCAAACUGCUGCUGAAGGGGGGGUGGGAGCCUGGAAUGGGGCUGGGACCCCAGGGCAAGGGCCGUGUCAACCCCAUCCCCACCGUCCUCAAGAGAGAUCAGGAAGGAUUAGGGUACAGGUCAGCACCCCAAUCCCGAGUCACACACUUCCCGGCUCAGGAUUCCCGGGCAGUGGCUGGGAGGGCGAGAGCCCCACAGGUGACCAUACUGAGCAGAAGGGAGGAGAGAAGGCAGAAGGAGAAGGACAAGGCCUGGGAGCGGGAUCUGAGGAGGUACAUGAACCUUGAGUUCUGAGCUUGGCAAGGUCUGACCCUGGACUGCUGAAGUCUGAGCUGGGCCCUUUUAGCUUCUACUUCUUGGAGUCUGCCCAGGUCCCAGACACUUGGAUUUUGGUCAGUAGGCCUUAACCUUUGGGAGUGAGGCUGAGAGUUGAGAAAUAAAUCAAAUUUACUUUUUGUUUUA